GGCUAUCACGGCUGUUUGUGUUGUGCUGCCGGGGAAGCUAGUUGAAAUUAAACGUAAAAAGAAACUUUAAACAAUGAAAGGAGAGUGCUUUAAAAGAUUUACAUGAAACGUAAAGAUACACCGGAGCUUUGGAUACAAUAUAAUGCCUUGUUGGGCGUCCAGAAGUUUCAUUUUCAGGACUACAAACUCACUUUAGUUGUAGGUAGCAUGCUAGCCUUUAGCCAUGCGAGCUAACGGUAGGCAGGCAAAGAUUAAAAACUAAUCUAACUAAUCCUUUUUAUUUAAAACUGAAGCCAUGCUGGGGUUUCUGGCAGCGAGGCAGGCUGGUGUGGAUGACCCUCUGCGACUGAGGCGUGCAGAGUCAACGAGAAGGGUCCUCGGUCUGAAGUUGAAUCCUGACAGAGACGUGGACAGAAUCCAUGGAAACGGCAUCAACACCAUUGACAUUGACUCAAUAGAGGGCAGAUACAUGUUGUCUGGGGGAGCAGAUGGAGUGAUCGUUGUCUAUGAUCUGGAGAACUUCAGUGGGAAGCCUCAAUACACCUGCAAAGCAGUUUGCACGGUAGGCAGGUCGAGUCGGCACGUUCACAAAUUCAGUGUUGAGACAGUUCAGUGGUACCCUUAUGACACGGGCAUGUUUGUCUCCAGUUCCUUUGACAAGACCAUGAAAGUGUGGGACACUGAGACACUGAAGCCUGCUGAGGUCUUUGAGUUUGAGGGCAAUGUUUACAGCCACCACCUGUCUCCCAUCGCCAGGAAGCACAGUCUCAUUGCAGUUGGCACCAAAAACCCUAAAAUCCAGCUGUGUGACCUAAAGUCUGGUUCACGGAUUCAUGUUCUGCAGGGUCACAGAGCAGAGGUCCUGUCUGUGCGGUGGUCGCCCAGAUACGAGCACAUCUUGGCCACUGCCAGUGCAGACAGCAAAGUGAAAGUAUGGGAUGUGCGUCGGGCUUCCGGGAGUCUGCUGACUCUGGACCAGCACAAUGGGGACAAGUCAAAAGCCUCUUCUGAGGCAGUGAACACGGCUCAUAACGGCAGAGUGAAUGGCCUGUCCUUUACUGGUGAUGGCCUCUACCUCCUCACUACCGGAACUGAUGACCGUAUGCGACUAUGGAACAGUGCCACAGGGGAAAACACACUGGUAAAUUACGGGAAGGUCUGCAACGAGAGUCGUAAAAGGCUACAGUUCACAGUGUCGCGCGGCUGCAGCCCAGAGUUUGUGUUCGUGCCAUGCGGCAGCUCGGUUGCAGUGUAUGCCCUCCACUCAGGAGAGCUGGUCACUAUGCUCAGGGGUCACUACAACAACGUUGACUGCUGCGAGUUCCACCCAGACUACCAGGAGCUGUACAGCGGAGGUAAAGACUGUAACAUCCUGGCGUGGGUUCCUGUUCUUCGUGCCUCGGAUGUGGAAGAAGAGUCAAAUAGCACAAAUACGGGUGCUGUGGGCCAGUCUUCAGUGAACCCUGCCUUUCAGGAUGCAUGGAGCAGUGAUGAAGAUUAAUGUGGAUGUUUUGAAUGUGUGGACGUGCAGGUGUUUGACCAUGCAAAGGAGCACACAUCCUUCAUGAUAAAAAAAAAAAAAAAAAAAGACAGAUUCCAGUAAAAAACAAUUCAUCAUCGCAGACCAAGAAGAAGGCUUUAAAUGAAAUGUAUCAAUAAUUGUAUGACUAUAUGCCUGAUAGGCUGAAUAAUGUUUGUUUGUAUAUAAUUUAUGUAACAUUGUUAUUGUUGCUUUCUUUUUAAUUUGAAUGCAAAGCCAACAUUGUCCUUGUCCCUACAACUUUCAUGUUGCUGAAGUCCUCAGUUUUGUAUUUUGUAUUUUCAAUAAUUCAUUGUAGCCAUGGGGCAUAUCUGACAUUAUGUAAAUAACAGUAUGUUCACUGUUUAACGAUUUGGAGGUUCAUCUUUCAUGUCAUUUUACAGCACUCACACACCUGUUCUGCUGACAAUAAAAUUAAUUUGUAAUACUUACAUAACA